UAUUAAAGCAUGCGAAGACGCGACCAAAGAGCUGAAGCAAAAAGGAAAAGUUUUCACGAAGAACCAUGAAGCUAUUAACACAGCAGGUAAAAAUAAAUUAUUGUAACCCGUCAUAGUGUUCGUCAUACUAAAUUAAUUUAAUACCACAUUUUGUUGUUUUCAGACUUGUUUGAUAUAUACCAUUGUCGAUACUUAGAUCCAGACAUUGGACCAAGACACCUCCAAAAGAAAGUCCAGCUUGACAUCAGGUACUAUUUUGCCCGUCGUGGAGCAGAAAAUAUGCAUAAAAUGACGAAAACAACCUUUGCAGUCAAACUUGAUGAAAAAACUGCGAUGAAGUAUGUGAUAAGAGCUGAAGAUGAAGCAACAAAGAAUCAUAAAGCGAAUGAAAAUGAUAUUGUCACUUGUUACAUGCCCUCCAUGGUUGAUAAGAAAUAUUGCCCUGUACGAAGCUUCAUUAUGUAUACAGAAGCCCUUCAUCCUACUUCUAAAAAACUCUGGCAAACUCCUAAGUUCAACUUAUUUCCUACUGAUGGUCAAAAGGUUUGGUAUGGUCCCGGCAAUGUUGGGCACGAUUCGCUUGAUAGCUUCAUGUCAAAAUUGGCCAAAAGUUGUGGGAUUCGCACGAAAAGGUUACACCAACCAUAG